AUGUUUUUAAGAUCCCUGCUGAGUAGCCAACUACAACCAAAGCUAUUCUAUUCUAUGAAAAACACUAAAAGUUUGAGACCGACUGUGAGAAUCGGGAAAGAUUCAUUUCACCUAAGUAUACACGUGAACAAUUACAAUUUGGAUGAACUUCGAGUGAGAGCACACCCAGAAUACGUGGUCAUUGAAGGGAAGCAAGAAAAGGAUACGGAGCAAGGAUAUAUUCUAAGACAAUUUAUAAGAAAAUUCAAGUUGCCUGAGGGCUGUAUUCCGUCACAAAUUACGUGUAAGUUGAGCCCCGAUGGAACGCUGAAAGUGGAGGUUCCAAGGACGUAUAAGGAUUCCGGGACACCUGCUGAAAUGAUCAACAUUCCAAUAUGUUACGGUGCCUUUGUAACUGACAAAGAAGAAAUAGAGGCAGCUCAGGCAGCUGACCAAAAAAAAUGCUAUACUAAUUGUACAGGGUUUCCAAAAGUCAAAGGGAAAAAACCGAAACGACCACCCGAAGAGUAA